AUGAGCAUGGCAGCGACGACGGUGUGCGUGACAGGAGCAUCAGGAUACAUAGCUUCAUGGAUCGUCAAGUUCUUACUUCAGCGUGGCUAUACUGUUAAAGCCUCUAUUCGUGACCCCGAUGAUCCAAAGAAAACAGAGCACUUACUUGCGCUCGAUGGAGCCAAAGAGAGACUUCACUUGUUGAAAGCAAACCUACUGGAACAAGGAUCCUUUGAUGCUGUGGUUAAUGGCUGUGAAGGUGUUUUUCAUACUGCAUCGCCUUUCUUCCUUUCAGCAACAGAUCCACAGGCUGAAUUGAUUGAUCCUUCCGUCAAAGGGACACUCAACGUUCUCGAAUCAUGUGCGAAAACACCAUCUGUUAAAAGAGUUGUUUUGACAUCUUCCAUAGCUGCAGUUGCUUACAAUGGCAAUCCUCUAACACCUGAAGUCGUAGUUGAUGAAACUUGGUGGACUAGUUCGGAUUUCUGCAAAGAAAUGAAUCUAUGGUAUCCAGUAUCAAAGACAUUGGCCGAGGAUGCUGCCUGGAAAUUCGCGAAAGAGAAAGGUCUCGACCUGGUCACCAUAAACCCAGCUAUGGUUGUUGGUCCACUGUUACAACCAACACUUAACACAAGUAGUGCUGCAGUUUUGAACUUGAUAAAGAAUGCAGAACCUUACCCAAAUGCCUCAUUUGGAUGGGUUAAUGUCAAAGAUGUCGCUACUGCUCAUAUUUUGGCAUUUGAGAAUCCUUCAGCUAAUGGAAGAUAUUUAUUGGUUGAGAGCGUUGCACAUUAUUCAGAAAUUGUGAAAAUACUGCGUGAACUUUACCCUACUCUUCCUCUUCCAGAAAAGUGUGCCGAUGACAAACCAUUUAUGCCAAAAUUCCAAGUCUCUAAAGAGAAGGCAAAAAGCUUGGGUAUUGAGUUCACCUCUGUUAAAGAAAGCAUCAAAGAAAGUGUCGAAAGUUUGAAGGAGAAAAACUUUUUUGGAGCCUCGUCCAAGUGA